AUGGUGUUUUCUGCGACGACUAAUAAAGUCAGGUGGACUUCCAGAGAGUUAAAACACUUCGAAGACCUAGAUGAUAUCGAAACGAGAUGGUCGGGAAUAGACAUCCCAGUUGUGGAUCCAUUGCGCAUGUUGACGUUGAUGCAAGGAUUGAAAUCCAUCGCCACCCAACAGAUGGACGUUACCAACGCUCAGAUUGAAUUUCGAGAGAAAAGACGAAAAGCAUCAUUCCAGCGAGAAGUAGUAUCGAACUGUGAUGCCAAAUUUAUGAAGGUGUUGCAAAAGCUUGUAGUAAGUGGUUGUCGACAGGAGGGAGACAUUGUCGAAAACCUCCAGGGCUUAGUAGCUGAAUGCCAGGCAGCACGCGACGAGCUAGGUCCACUUGAACAAGAUGUUAUUGAAGCCGAAUUGAGAUGGGAGGGUCAAACAUGGAGUCUUCGUCAAGCCGAAACUUUUGUUUAUCAGCAUUUUGAGACCGAGUUCCAAAAGGCUGCUCUCUACCCGCCAGCAUCUCAGAGCACUGAUUUUAGCGAAGAGAGCUCGCACUCGGAGUUCCCAAACGGAGAUAUGGAGUAUCAGGAGAGUAAACACGCUUCUCUAUUAUCAAAAUCCAAUGAGAGUGGUGCCAUACCAGACCAUACGAAAGCGUGGUCUGAUGGAAGUGGGGAUUUUCCAAAUUCGAAUUCGAUCAACCAAAAGUCUUCAUCCCGGAACCGGGUUGCAGGCUAUGAGUGUUACACCCAUUUUCCUGGAGAAGACGGCGCUCAAGGUCCACUUGAAAGUACCGACUCUCUCAGCUGCGUUCAGGAACAAUCUGGAGAAAAGGGUGAGAUCGCUGCAGAUGCACCAUUUUUAGAGCGCUCUCAACACAGGGGCGACCUCUAUCAUAGUUUGCUGACAGAUUUCGCCUCAAAAAGAGACAGAAUAAACAAAUGGAUUCAAAAUAAUGUUCUAGAAUCUCGGCUUGAGGCUACCUCAGUUUUCACAACCUUGAAGGACAAGCUAGCCAUGGAAAAGUUAGACAUCCCAUCUAAUUGGGCACAAUUAGGUGAGGCAUUCUUCUCUGAUUCUUCAAUUCCAGAGACUUCUCCAUGGAGCGACCUUGGUACCAAAGCUCUACUUUAUUCAAGAUCACUUGGCAAUGAAGUGAUCCAAGUCAGAUCGUGGGUUACCAGAGAAAUUUUGCUAAUCCGGCAGAGUAACUUUUAG